UGCAAAGCACAAGCAGUUCCGCGGAAAGUCGUCGUAAAUUCGUAUGCGGCCGUUCGCCCUUCGGGUUCAUAUAUAGUCCUCGCAAGGCAUUGUCGCUAGACGAGACUGUAUAGUCAUGUAUGCUAUCAGAGCACUGCUGUUGUUGUUCAUUCUGCUAGUAAAUAAUAUUUUCGCGCAUGGACGUUUGCCCUGGAUCCACAGGGGCCGACCCACUGACCGCUAUGGAAUGCAGGGCCGACCUGAAACUUUCGGACGGUUCUCUGAUACUGGAUUCGUGAUUCCUGCGUGGUUCAGGCAGCGACUGGAUCAUUUUGAUCCCUCCAAUAUGGCAACGUGGAAACAGCGUUACUACAUCAACAAGCAGUUCUACCGUAAAGGCGGCCCGGUGUUCCUCAUGCUGGGAGGCGAAGGAGAAGCAAUUAGACAAAUGCUCACUGCAGGCAAGCUCAUGAUGAUGACACUUGCCGAAAAGUACGGUGCCUUAGCAUUACUCCUGGAGCAUCGUUACUACGGACAAAGCCGACCAACCAUAGACCUGUCUACAGAAAACUUGGCAUACCUGAACAGCCAUCAAGCGCUAGCAGACGUUGCAGCUUUCAGAAACGCGAUGACAGAAGAACACGGGCUGACUGGAAAGUGGGUUGUUUUCGGUGGAUCGUACGCUGGAUCCUUGGCGGCAUGGUUCAAGCUGAAGUAUCCUCAUCUUGCUGUCGGCGCUGUCGCAUCCAGUGCACCAUUACGUGCAGUGGUGAACUUCAAAGACUACUAUAAAAUUGUGCGGGAAGCUUUGGCAGUCUCAAACCCAGAAUGCGACUUACAAAUCGCAAAAGCUGUCAACAACUUGUUGUUUCUCGUCAGCAGCCCAGAGAACUUGCAACAAAUCAGAGUGAUGUUCCGGCUGUGUUCGAAUCUCAACGCAGAAGACUGGAAAAGCCUGGCAUAUUUUUUCAGCAAUCUUGCUGAAAGUAUUGCUGGGGUCGUGCAGUACAACACCCUUUAUCCGACGACAAUCAACAGUGUCUGUCACAUGAUGACAGAUGUCAAUGACGAAAAGACGCCUCUGGAGAAGUUCGCGGGGGUCAUCUCUCAGAUAUUGGAUACUUGGUCAACAUCCUGUCUUGAUACUGAUUACUAUGGACUCAUUGACACGCUCAAAGAGAAAGACUUCAGCAGCACAGGUGGUGCGGCAGCUCGUCAGUGGACGUACCAGACGUGUGUCGAGUUUGGCUUCUUCCAGUCCUCGGACGACCCCGACCAGCCUUUUGGGCCACUGUUUCCAGUCAAGUACUCCAUAAAGGAAUGUAGGGAUAUCUUUGGUGCAAGGUUCGAUGAGGCCAUGCUGAACAAUGGCGUUCAAGAGACUAACACCAUGUAUGGAGGUAUCCACCCUGUGCUCCGAAACGUCACUUUUCCAAACGGCUCCGUCGACCCUUGGCACGCGCUUGGAAUACUUGAAGAUAUAUCUGCUGACGUCACUGCAGUUUACAUCAAUGGAACAUCACACUGUGUUGACAUGAAUGCAGCUAGGCAGAGUGACCCGCCUCAGCUUAUAGAAGCAAGAAAGAAAAUAAUGGAGCAAGUGGCUAUUUGGAUUGGUGCUACUGAAGCUCGCACAGUUUGAGUCUGCGCAAAUGGAACUUUAUGCUAAGAUGUGGUGGUACAGUAGCGUCGCUGCAUUAGGCGUCUGUGCUACAACAGCCUUUCUUUUGAGGUCGUCUUUUGUAAGGAUCCUCUCGUGAGGCAAUAAACGCUUAGUCAACGAA